AUGAAUUGGGAAUAUGUCACUGAGAAUCUACUACCAAGGGAGAUCUCUGCUGCCCUUAGAAGAAUUAUUUCUGUACAGAAGUCUCUUGGUAUAAAUGUCAAUGUGCUUCCACUCAAAGAAAAUGUCAAUGUGCUAGCUAAAGCAUUUAAGAAGACCGGCAGUGCUUUGAACAAUAGAUGGUUGAAGCUUCACAAGGUCAAACUGGAUCCAUGGAUGGCACACAUUGUGACAGAAGUAACCUCCCAAAGGAUUCUCAUUGCUUCUUGGAAAUAUUUGAGGGUUUCGUAG